GACGAUGAAGGCGUAGGCGUGGUGCAUUGUGGGAGCAAUCGCUUGAGGAUAAGGAAAGAUUAGCAGCAAACGCUAAGAAUAUAUCGUGCGUUUUUAUCACCUGUGUAUCAGUUUAUAAUCGGAUCGUGUUUGUUCGAAUAAUUAAGGAAAUGAUCAUAUUACCUUUGAAACGAAUGAAGUAAAAAAAUAGUCUCAAGUCUGUAUGUUUCAGGAUGAGCAUGAAUUGUACAGUAUGUGUGUAAUGCUGUGUGGGUUUGACACACACACAAACAACAACAACAACAGACAGACAGCUAUAAUUCUGACAUAUUUGUGAUUUAAGAAGUGCCCAUGGCGUCCAAAGCGCCUUUCACUGACUCUGACACUGCUGAUGAAGCUGUCAGAUCAACAUGCGACGAUGCGUCCAUAUGCAAAAGGUUUGCAACAAGCAAAGGAUACUGGAACGACCCGUACAUUCAGAAUUUUGUGCGUCAGACGGGUGAACGCAAGGCCCCUGAGAUUAACCGAGGGUAUUAUGCCCGUGUCCAUGGAGUGAAUCACUUGCUUGAUGCAUUUCUUGAAAAGACUCAUUGUGACUGCCAGGUGGUGAGUCUUGGAGCUGGACUGGACACCACUUUCUGGAGACUGAAGGGUGAGAAUACUUUGCCGAAAAAGUACUUUGAAGUUGACUUUCCGAUGAUUGUCGCCAGGAAGGUACACCAUAUCAAGACAAAACCUCAGCUGUCGAAGCCCUUGAUGGAGACCCAUUCAGCUGAUUCACUCCUAUUAGAUGGUCACAACCUGGACUCAGACAGAUACUGUAUCAUUAGUGCUGAUCUCAGAGACCUCCCAAGUUUGGAGGAAAAACUCCGAAAAUUUCACAUCAAUACAAAAUUGCCAACACUCUUUGUUUCUGAAUGUGUGCUGGUAUACAUGACCCCAGAGCAGUCCUCCAAGCUGGUGCACUGGGUUUCACACACUUUCCACACUGCCAUGUUCAUCAACUACGAACAGGUGAACAUGGCUGACCGCUUUGGGCAGAUCAUGAUUGAGAAUCUGCAGAGACGACAAUGUAAUCUGGCUGGAGUGGUUGUGUGCCAGUCCUUGGAUUCUCAGAAGGAACGCUUCCUGUCUACAGGAUGGGAGAGUGUGAACGCACUGGACAUGAUGGCAGUCUAUAGCCUGCUUCCUCAGGAAGACAUAAGCAGGAUUGAGCGACUGGAGUUUUUAGAUGAAAAAGAGCUACUCCAGCAGCUCCUACAGCACUACAGUAUCUGUUGGGCAGUGAAGGACACGCUCAAUCUUGGCAUUUCUGAAAUUGGGUUUUAAGUUUAACUGCAACCUGGUUGGGAGGACUAGAAGUCUCUGUGCCAAGGUCAACAUGAAUCGGAGGAAGUCAUUUCUGCGUAUUUUUCCUUUAUGACGUCAAUAAAAAAGAUGAGACCACAAAA